GCGAGGUUCUCUACAAUAAUUGCUCGCAUUCUUCUCCUUUCUCACAACCAGUGCAAGCCUAGCAGCUUGAUUUCUCUUAUGGUAUCAGAGCAGUGAUUCGUUUUUCCGCGUUGAUCCAAUUCGAUGAAUACUCCACCCAGCAGCUCUGGUAGUGGCGAUGCAGAGAUCCCCUUUGGCAGCUUCAACCGCAAUGCUCAGAAUCAACAAACCCAGUGAACCCAGCAAACACAGAACGAUGCUCAAGCUCAAGUCUAUGCUGGUAAUCCUAACAAUCAAGUGGGUUAUGUGUUUGGAAGUCCUUACUAUAUCAAUCCGAGUAAAAAUCUAGGACAAUCUAUAGUCACAGAAUUGCUAGAUGAACACAAUUAUCAGAUGUGGCAAAGGGUGUGCGAAUGGUACUCAAAACCAAGCACGUAAUUGGGUUUAUUGAUGGUAGCUUACCUAUGCCACUCAUCCUGAGUUUCUCUUGUGGGAUGCGUCCAAUACCAUGGUGUUGUGUUGGAUUCUGAAUUCAAUUGAAAAGGACAUACGUCGUAGUGUAUUGCAGCAUGAAGUAGCACAAACUCUUUGGGAUGAACUUAAGCAGAGAUUUGGCAGCUGCAAUGCACUGAGACUUGCUAAUUUGAAAGGUGAUAUUGAUCGUUUUAAGCAAGGAAGUCUGAGUGUAACCCAAUACUAUGUGCAUUUGAAAGGGUUAUGGGAGGAGUAUCUCCAAUUCAAUCCUAUUGUUGAUUGUGACUGUCUGAUAGCUAGAGUGAGACCUUGUGCAGCAGUUGAGGCUUUCAAGGAGAGACAAGAGACUGAAUAUCUCAUCAAGUUUAUUCGAGGGCUCAGACCUGAGUUUGAUGUGGUGCAAACUCAACUUUUGAUGAUGAAGUCGUUACCCUCUGUGCAAGCAGCUGUGGAUGACAUCCUGCAACAUGAACAGAAGCUUAAAUCAGACAAAGGGUACCCUAAUCGAAGUGUUCACUGAGUGGCACUUGCAGCUCAGGGUGAAAAGCAGAAAAACACUAGUUCAUUUGAGCCUGGUAAAGGUGGAAAGGAUGACACAGAGGUGGAAGGCAAGUGCCGCCGAUAUUGUAAGAAGAAUGACCACCUGAAGGAGGAGUGUUAUAGACUUAAAAACAAAAAGGCCAUAAUGGCAGGAGAGAACAGCUUUGCUGGUGUUGUCUCUCAGUCUGAUUCAGAGAGCAAAGACACUGGUUCUACAGGAAGUAAUCUGAGUCUGGAAACCAAAAGCAGUUAAAGUAGUCAGUGGUUCACUAAUGAAGAGUUUAACAAGCUGAAAUCCCUUCUUCAGUGUGAAAGCAUGAGUCCCUCACCACCUCUCUCACCCUCACUCAAACAUGCUGCAUAUUCUGUUUCUCAACAUUUACCACAGUUCCCCAACUUUUCUAGUAAGUUUGUUCUAUCAUCUCACAAUCAGUAUGGGUUAAUGGGACUUGCUCAAAUCUGAAUAUUGGACACUGGUGCUUCAGAUCAUAUCUGCUGCACACUUUCUUUGUUGUCUGAUGCUAAACCUACAGAAAAUCAGUUUGUUUAUCUACCUAAUGGUUCUAAAGUGCAAGUGAGUCACAUAGGCACUGUUAGACUACAUCUUGGCUUAUAUCUUCAAAAUGUCCUCUUGGUCCCUAGUUUUACAUUCAACCUCAUCUCAGUUAGUAAAAUUACCGGUGACCUACCUCUUUCCUUACACUUUGAAUCUGACUCUUUUCAUAUUCAGGACCUAGUGACCAAGAAGCAAAUUGGUUUUGCCAGACAAAGUAGAGGGCUCUACCACCUUUUCCCCAACAUUCCAGCCUUACCUCAACACCACACAGCAGCCACCUACAACUUUCAACCUCACCAAAUUGAACUCUGGCAUUGGAGACUAGUUCACCCUAGUAAAGAGAGAGAACACCAACUUAUUGGAUUUAAUAGGGCCAUUGUUAGACAUUGUGAGACUUGUCAUUUUGCUAAACAAAGGAAACUUUCUUUCCCUAUCAGUACUAGUAGAGCACAUUCUGUGUUUGAUCUCAUUCAUGUAGACAUCUGGGGACCCCUUACAGUUCAGUCUUAUGAUGGUUAUUCAUAUGUUCUCGCUAUUGUGGAUGAUCAUUCACGAGCUGUUUGGACUUAUUUAAUGAAAUUGAAAUCUGAAACAAGCAAAAUCCUGGAAGCUUUCUGUGUGAUGGUUAGUAGACAGUUUGGGAAGUUGGUUAAGGUUAUUCGCAGUGAUCAGGGAAGUGAAUUUCACAUGGCUAAGUUCUAUUCCACUAAUGGAAUUGAACAUCAAACCUCUUGUGUUGAGACUCCAGAGCAAAAUGCUCGUGUUGAAAGGAAACAUCAGCAUAUAUUGAAUGUUGCCAGGGCAUUGAGGUUUCAGGCAGGUUUGCCUUUGACAUUCUGGAGUGACUGCAUUUUACAUGCAGUUCACCUCAUUAACAGGUUGCCAUCACAAGUUAUCCAGGAUAUCACCCCCUUUGAACUGCUCUACCAUAAACCUCCUGUACUUUCCCAUCUUAAAGUCUUUGGCUGUCUAUCCAAUGCUUAUGCUUUGCUUAGAGAUAGAACAAAAUUUCACCCUUGGGCUAGACAGUGUGUGUUCCUUGGUUUCCUUCCUGGGAUCAAAGGUUACAAACUGUUUGAUCUCCAUACCCAUGAUGUGUUUGUUUCCAGACAUGUCAUGUUUCAUGAAACAAUUUCCCCUUCAAACAUACCUCUUCCCCUAUUCCUUCCUACCUUUCCCCCCCUCUUCUUCUCAUUCCCAUCCUACAUCUGACUUUCCCACUCAAUCUCCUGUCCCAACUGAUCAUUUCUUUUCCUAGGUUGCUUCACCAAACUCUCAGAAUACAUCUCAGUCUCAUUC